AUGGCGCCGCGCGAUGGAGGCUGUCAGCACCACUCCAGUGUGUACUGUGUAGUGGUGCGGUGGCAAGUGCUAGGGAGCCAGCUGCGAUCAUGUGGUGGCGGUGGUGACAAAACGACCUCCCCGUCCGACAUGCAACCCGCUACAUUUCUCACACUAACUCUCUGCUCGCUACUGCUUCAUCCAGUCCUGGGGCUUCCUUUCGCCAGGCAGACAAUUGCCAAGUCUGCCCGAAGCGAUGACCUCAUCUCUGGGACUGACUUCCUAUCCGUCUUCAUCGGAGCCUCGAUUCCAAGAUCGCGGGCCGUCAACAGAAGCCGAAACUUCGACAAACACAUCGACUCCUUCACUUCUGAAGGGUCUUACAUUGAGGAAACUACUGUGCUUGACACUUUAACUUCACUAAAUGACAGUACCUCAUUACCAGCAGAAAUAUUUGGCGACUCCUCGUCCAUCCUACCGAUUAAUUUCCAUGAGGGAACUGAAGAGGAUAGAAUGGACGAGAUCUCUACAGGUUAUGCAGAUUUGUCCACAACUGAAGCGUUUGAGACACAUACACUUAAUACUGAAGCUCAAGAAUCACCGCUUCCAAAUUCCUCAUUGGACGGCACGAAUACUAGAAUUGUAGACGUUGAGUCAGUAGAUGCCAAUAGUAAGAGGACUGACUCUGCUCCUAAAUCUUCCUCAGAAAAAAUAGAUUUUGAACACAAUAAAGAAAGAUAUGAAAGCAACAUUUCCUUUACGCCGUCGUCAAAUAUUAUGACUUUCUCUGACAAUUCUAACUCCUUUACUUUUGGACUGGAGGACAUGUUUGCAUUUCCGAACAACAGUAACAUCCUCUCACACAAAGAAUCUGAAACUAAUAGUAAAUACUCUUCAAUAAGCAAGGUUCCUGUUGAGAACAAAGCAUUCAGCAUGAAUCCAACUCUCAGCGAAGGAAAUAAGACUGCAGAUUUUCCAAGCUUGGAAACAACCGAAGAGAAUGGGAAAGAGGAUCAGACUCACAAGGUAGUCUCGGUUCGCAUAUCAUCGUCAGUUGCUCUCGGUGCAGCGCAAGACAGUAAAUAUGAUCGCAAUAAUAGACGCUUUUUUAAUAACUUCCUCGAUUCUUUUUCGCAUAACACUGACAGAGGAGCUCAUGGUCCUUCAGCUGGGAGCAUUUCGUUGGUGACAGAGGAACAGCCAGCUGCGACAGCCAUCCAGCGCAGUCAGUUCAGCGUAGAAGAAGCCUCGCCUUCUUCUUCAAUAAUUUCUGUUCAUCAGGAAAGCUCCUCCUCCAACGUUCAGUCUCGACAGAGUGUUUUACCCUUUCGUCGUCCAACUGAAGUGCCGUCAAAUCCACAAUCAUCUCCCGUGCGUUAUCAUACUAGUGUCUCCACAGCUACAUCUGGCAGCAGAGUUCAGUUCCACAGCGAACCGCCUAGUUACCACAGACCUGCUGUUUCUGUAGCCGAGACAGUACAACGCAGAGUAGUUGCAAAACAACCGCAGCGCCAGGGUUAUGGGCAAGUUACGAGUGUCUUCAAGACGGCGGGAGACAGCAGUAUGAAAAUGAAGAGCAAUUAUCAAACAAGUAAUUCACAAGGAAACGCUAAUAUUGACACUCAAAACGCAGGUCACCAAUUGCAAGAAGAAACCAACCGCGCUCACAUGAGUUACGGCGCUCAUCAAGAGCCUCCAGAAAAAAACUACGAGAUUGCAGAACAGAACCACGGUUCGCCUGAGAAGAUUUACGCUACCCCGGAAAAAAAUUAUGAAGUGGAGGAGGCUGUGAGUGUAAUGACGCACGGAAGAGCUCACGGGGUUCAGCUACCGGUAGUGACGGCCCCUGAAGACAGUACCGUGGGGGAUUUCAAUGCUCAACACGAACAGUCACAAGAUCCUAACUCCAAAUUCGGGUAUGUGGUUGAGGGCAGAAACUUCCGCAAAUAUCAAGUGGAGGAACGAACACCAGAUGGAUUCAUCGUAGGUGAAUAUGGUGUUGUCAGCCAUGACGACGGGAGUCUCCGAGGCGUCCGAUACACGGCAGACGGUACCAUCAAUCCCAGACUCAUUUACGAUGCACUUGUGAAGUUCCUGUCUCUAUAAACUAAAAGUGGAGUCAUAUUAUUUGGAAGAUCAAAGUUUUCUGCUAUUCUGAUAUUGAUUUCGUGACCAGGCUUCGAUUAUAGGCAGAGGCAGAGAGUUUCUCUUCUGCACCAUUGUGUGAAAAUCGGCUCUGCCCAACCAGCCUCCUAUCCAAUACAUACCGAGGACACUUCCCUAGGGACAAAGCUGCCGGAGCGUGAAUGUCUUUAUUUACUUCCGUCUAGUGACGAGGUUAAGAAUGUGUCUUUGGACCUUCGCUCUCCAAAUUCUCCAUUGGAAAGUGCUCCAUUAAGUUUUAGUCUUAUUUUUUCAAUCAUCAAAGGAUCAAUAGGUUAAGAUCUGCUCCAACAUUUUGGCUUUGGAUUUCAAAUCAAUUUCGGGGCGUGGACAUGUACCCGCAUUUAGCAAUUUUGUCCCGAACUAGAAGAGGCCUUACGAUUGGCAGAUCUUCUAACCAACAAAUUCGAUCGAAUGUUUCUAAGUGAUGAAACGUACUAUACUUUAAUUUGAAAGGCAUAAGAGACUCGAAUAAAUAGGUUAUAAAAUUAUCUAGUAACAAAAAAUCUGUUGCAUACUCUCGACACGUGUGGGACUAUUGUGUAUUCAGGGGAGGGAUGCAAUAAAGAAAGGUCGAACUUAAGUCUGUAAACGUGUAAGGGAUUUAAAGUCAUUUAUAUUUAAAUUCCGCGAUAUUGCAGCGGACACCAUGAGUCGGAAAUGCUACAAGUCUUCUUGAAGUCGCCUAAGUUUUUUGGAUACUCUUCAUACCUCCUCCUAUAAGUGCUGAAGGCUGUUGAAAUUCAUAACAUUUUACGGCAUAGUUGCAAAAACCAAAUAGAAUUUACUUCCGUCGGCUCUAUUGUACCAGUCCUUGAAACUUCUUCUGUAUUAUUGCGUUAACCCUAUGAACUGAUAGCCAUGUUAUUUCUGUUCCAUUUUGAAGUUCCUUAAUAUUUUCAAUUGUUUGAAAUAUUGUUCAAUAGAUUUGUUCCUACCUCACAGAGAAUAAGCUUGAUAUCCAUUACAGAACCCAAUAUGCGUGUAUUAGUGCUGCUUAGGGAAGUAAUAAUUGUUUAUGCAGAGAAUCACAAAACUCAUAAAUACAAUCUUCGGGCAAAACGCAUAUUUUUUCAUGUUAAAGCAUAUAGUGUUUAUGGAUACUAUUGUGUUUUAAGGUUUAAAGUAAUUCAACUGUUGACAGCAAAUAAGUACUUUGUAGUCCACAAUCAAGUUUUUCUUUGAAAUAUUUUCUCUUGCUAACCGCCUGCUCUGGCAUGUACUGACUUCGCUUACUUGGAAACCGGGAUCGUGGGUUCGAAUCCCACUCAUGGCAUGGAUGUUUAGUUUGUGUGUGUGCGUUUUUCUG